AAUAUCUAAUGAGUUUUCCUGACGCAGAACUUUCCUGAGAAAAUUCAAUGGAAUCAACAACAGCUCAACGUCGCCUGAAAGCAAUCCGAGGCCAUCUUAUAUCUUCUACCGUAGACGAUCACAGCUCCCCUCUCCAAGCUAACCUCACCGCUUCGGAGUUUGUUCACAAUCAAACGUACAGCGUUGUUUUACCUGAGAAAUUGCAAACUGGAAAAUGGAAUGUUUACAGGUCUGUGCGAUCUCCUCUGAAGCUUGUUAGUAGGUUUCAUGAUCAUCCAGAGAUCGCGACAUUACACGAUAACUUUGUGCGUGCUGUUGAAACGUUUCAAGAUUACAAAUAUUUAGGUACACGAAUUAGGCAGGAUGGAACGGUUGGAGAGUAUACGUGGAUGACAUAUGGAGAAGCAGCCACUGCUAGAGAAGCAAUAGGUUCUGGCCUUCGUUAUCACGGGAUACAAAAGGGAGCUUGCGUUGGGAUCUUUUUUGUAAAUAAACCAGAGUGGCUGAUUGUGGAUCAUGCCUGCGCAGCAUAUUCUUACAUCUCGGUUCCCCUAUACGACACCCUCGGUCCUGAUGCUGUUAAGUAUGUCGUGAAUCAUGCUAAUGUGCAGGCUAUCUUUUGCGUCCCAGAGACUUCGAAUGCUUUAUUAAGCUUCCUGGCUGAGAUUCCAUCUGUCCAACUUAUAGUGGUAGUGGGAGCUGUUGAUGAACAGUUGCCAUCUCUUCCUUCGACGUUUGGAGUCAAGCUCAUAUCAUAUAUGAAACUGCUUGGCGAGGGCUGCAGUAACCGGCAGCCUUUCAUACCUCCUAAACCUGAGGAUGUGGCAACCAUAUGUUACACCAGUGGUACUACUGGGACACCAAAGGGAGUUGUCCUGACACAUGGGAGCUUAAUUGCCAGUGUUGCUGGCUUCUGUCUAGCAAUCAAAUUUAAUCCCUCAGAUAUUUAUAUAUCCUAUCUUCCUCUCGCACACAUUUAUGAACGAACUAACCAAAUGGUGUUAGUUUACUAUGGUGUUGCUGUUGGCUUCUAUCAGGGGGACAAUCUGAAAUUGAUGGAUGAUUUGGCUGCUCUAAGACCAACACUAUUUUGUAGUGUCCCUAGGUUGUAUAACCGUAUAUAUGAUGGAAUUACAAAAGCUGUCAAGGCUUCUGGGGUUUUGAGGGAGAGGCUAUUUAGAGCUGCCUACAACUCAAAAAAGCAAGCCAUAAUGAGUGGCCGUAAUCCAUCACCAAUGUGGGACAAAUUGGUAUUUAAUAAAAUAAGGGGAAAGCUAGGGGGGCGAGUCCGUUUUAUGGGAUCAGGUGCCUCACCUUUGUCGCCUGACAUAAUGGACUUUCUAAGGGUGUGCUUUGGCUGUCAAGUACUCGAGGGAUAUGGAAUGACCGAGACUUCCUGUGUGAUAAGUGUCAUGGACCUGGGUGACAAUUUAUCUGGUCAUGUUGGGUCCCCCAAUGCCGCCUGUGAAAUAAAGCUGGUGGAUGUUCCUGAAAUGAACUACACCUUAGAUGAUCAGCCAUAUCCAAGAGGAGAGAUUUGUGUUAGGGGUCCCACCGUCUUCAAAGGCUACUAUAAGGAUGGUGUCCAGACGAGAGAAGUAUUUGAUGAUGAUGGUUGGAUGCAUACUGGAGACAUUGGGUUGUGGUUACCUGGAGGACGCCUUAAAAUUAUCGAUAGGAAAAAGAACAUCUUCAAGUUAGCACAAGGCGAGUAUAUAGCACCAGAGAAGAUUGAAAAUGUAUAUAGCAAAUGCAGAUUUGUCUCCCAAUGUUUUAUAUACGGUGACAGCUUCAACUCCUUUUUAGUAGCUGUAGUUGCAGUGGACCCAGAUGUGUUAAGAGAUUGGGCUGUGUCAGAGGGGAUCAAGUAUGAUGAUUUAGGACAAUUGUGCAAUGAUCCAAGAACAAGGGCUGCAGUUCUUGCUGAUAUGGAUGAGGUUGGAAAGGAAGCCCAGUUGCGAGGUUUUGAAUUUGCAAAAGCUGUAACCUUGGUGCCUGAACCAUUCUCUUUAGAGAAUGGCCUACUCACUCCAACAUUCAAGAUUAAGAGGCCUCGAGCAAAGGAAUACUUUGAGAAAGCCAUAUCAAAUAUGUAUGCUGAGACUGCUACCUUGGAUUGAACAUAACACAUAUGUUAUGUGCCAGCUACAUUGGCAGCACUAAGAGCAGCAUCCGUUCCAUUUAUUGAGUUGUGGCAGUUUAAGCCCGGGAGCUCAUUGUUAGUUUUCCAGAUGUUCGUUGGGGAGAUAUUGCUCGUAGGCUUGCUGGCGUGACUGCAUUCUAUUACAAAUUUCAAGUAUGUCAUUGAUCUAUUGACCAGAAAAAUUCUUUGAUGCGGGAACACAUAUAAACCGCAAUAUGUGUAAA